AUGCCCGGAAAAGCGAGUGAUUGGGACAACGCCGAAUUCCUCCUGGAUCUCGUCGUUGGCCUCUACACUGGCGCUCAGGGCUCAGUGAGUACAAAUAUCCUCGCGGGGGAUAUCAUCUUCUGUUGCUUCAUCUUCUCGUCUCCUCAACUUCUCAACAACACUGAGCAAACUCCGUUCUUCUUCUUCCUCAUCAACAUCUUCAAAAGUCCCCUUCUCUAUCCAUUCCCUAUCGUCGUCGCCAUGGCCAAGCGUCAAGUCAUGCAGUGGGAUGCCAACGUCCAUGAAGACAUCCUCAUCAGUCUCUUUCAACACAUCAAGCCAAGUGCUGAAGACUGGAGCAACGUCAUGGGUGAUCUUCAACAAAAGGGCUAUACCUUCACUGAGGGCGCUCUUCGACAAUUCUUCUCUGAACAUAUUCUCAUCUCUUCCUGUCUCUUCAUUCAACAUCUGGCAUCAGUCAUUCUCUGCCCAAACAAUCCAACAUAUAAACCCUCUCGCGUUAUCAAAUCAUCCAUCAUCAACGUCAUGGCUCCCCGCGCUGCUGCUGCUCCUGCUGGUGCUGGUAAACCUGCUCGAGGCUGGGAUGCGACCUCGCACGAGGAUCUACUCCUCGCUCUUCUCGAAGAGAUCAAGCCCAACAAGGCUGACCUUACCAACGUCGCCGCGAAGAUGCGCAGCAAGGGCUACUCUUACUCCUACGACGCGAUCAACCAGCACGUCCAGAAGCUGCGCAAGAACCGCGACACCACUGCCAUCCAGAACUCUGGUGGCUCCGAGAAUGGUACUCCUCGCAAGCGCGCUGCUGGCGGUACGAAGACGCCUGCUAAGCGUACCCCAUCCAAGCGUAAGGCCACUAAGUCUGCUUCCAUCGUCGACGAGGACGAGGAUCUGGAGGAUGAGAAGAUGCAGCUGAAGAUGGAGACGGACGACGUGGAGGGGGAACUCAUGUCCCCCAAGGGCGCUAAGCGCACUAAGUCCGAGCCCGAGGACGAGGUCACUGUUGGUGAGAUCUAG